AUGGAGAGAGUUCGUUGUAAUACACAUGGGGACGCGUGCUUGCUGAAGACCGGUGUAAAAGAAGGUCCCAAUAAAGGCAAGAGUUUCUACGUGUGCCCAGUACGAGCAGAAAAUCCCUGCAGUUUCACACUACCUGCUGAGGUCCCUCCAUCACACUGCCUCCAUCAUGAGGACUCCAUAGUUGAACUUCAGGCUCUAAUUCACAGUGAAAAGCAGCAUUGUUACAGGUUAUUCUACCGUUGUGUGCUGGGGAAGUCUGAGGGAAAGAAGUGGUGUGGAAAUGUUCCUUGGACAGCAAAAAACACAGAGAAAAAGAGCCGUUCACCAGAGAGACCUCAGGCCUCUGCUGUGCCUCCAGAGAGAAACCCUUUCAAAGUCCACAGUAAAUCAGACAAAACCUCCGAAUGGAGAAAGCUUCAGGACGAAGGAACAGGGGGAGGGUUGGAAGAGGGAAAGAGUAAGAGAGUAGAGAGGGAAAGCCCUGUUGAGACAAAAGAAGCUGGAAGACAAAGUAACAAAGGAGAGAAAGAAGAUGGACGGGAUAAGUUGGAGAAAGACAGGCCAAGUUCCUCAGAGUCGGAGUCCUGGAGGAAUAAACAGCUUCCUGCCGGCAUGAAGAUUAAGAAGAAAGAGUUUGUUGAUGAAAGGAAAAAUAAUGGAGGCGAAAAAGCACAUAAGGAGGGAGUAGAAAGCAAAGAGAGAACCAAGAACUCAGAUAUUAGCGUUUACUCCGGGACCAAGGAAGAUGCAAAUACAGAGAAACUAUCACAGUCCAGGGGUGCCAGAGGACACAGUGAGCAGGUGUAUAGUGAAUCAGAGGGAAAAGCUAACCCUGGAACAUCUCCAUUAAAGCAGCGUCCGCCCAAAGACACUGAGAAGCCCAACGGAAAAAUGUGCAGUACCGAAGAAGAGGUUAUGAAGAGCAUCUCCGCUAACAAAGAAGAGAAGAAAAACACUAACUCUCGGUCAAACUUUAAGGGAGAUAAGGACAAAACCCACAGUCAACAGAGUGAAAAAUCAAUGACCCCUGGUUCUACAUCGCCUGGAGAGGAGGAAGUUGCAGAGGAUAAGAGCCGGAGUGUGGACAAAGCCGAGGAGAGGAAUGACCCGUCUAGGUUUGGAGAAUGGAGCGAUGAUGAUGACGACGAGGUUCAGUUGAUCUCUGUGCAGCCUGGGCCGCAGAAGACCUCUGUUGCCCCACUGCAGAAAACCCUGACCUCCUACCCAGGGUUCCAGACUGCCCCCAAGGACAAGGGUCAGCACAGCGACCCAAGGACCCUCCACAGCCAGCUAACCGCCCAGCUCAAACAGAAGAAGGCCACUCUGUCAGUAGUAAAUGUGUCUGCCCUGCCUGAUAAAGGAGAGCGGCUGAAAAGCCAGGUUAAAGAGUUAGAGGAUGCUCUGCAGUCAUUGAGUCUGACUGUUGCUGACCAACCAGAGUCACAGGAUGAAGACAGAGAUGCUAAGCAAACAUCUGGGCCCAGUCAGCCUAACCCCUUCAGUCGCCCUGGAGGUACCAUUCUGCUGCCAGCUCCCCCUGACCCUGUCCAGCAUCAUGCCUCAGCCAGCUCCCUAGGCCUGCACCUCAGCCAGGGCUACACUCAGAUGUACGGAGCGAAUGCUCAGACUCACGCCUUCUACGGAGGCAGAAUGACGGAGGGCAGACUGCUGGCGGUCCGCAACGCUACUGCGGAGACCAUCGAUCACUUGCACAGUUCAUUGGAGUCCUGCCCUGCUGCAGACACGGAGGCAGAAGACCCCAAAGGCAUCAAGGUUCAACUGCUGCCUCAUCAAAGGAGAGCCUUGGCCUGGUUGCUAUGGAGAGAAACCCAGAAACCGUGUGGAGGCAUCCUUGCGGAUGACAUGGGACUAGGGAAGACCCUAACCAUGAUCUCUCUCAUUCUGGCUCAGAAGAGGAAGAUGAAAGAUGAGAAGGACUCAACACUGAAUGACUGGAUCUCUAAAACCGACUCGUCCCUGGUGGUGUCUCAGGGUACACUGAUAGUCUGUCCUGCCUCUCUGGUGCACCACUGGAAGAAAGAGAUAGAGAAACAUGUGAAGAGCAGCCGUCUUAGUGUGUAUCUGUACCACGGGCCCAACCGCCAAAGAAACGCCAGCGUGCUGGCGGAGCAUGAUGUGGUGGUGACCACUUACAGCCUGGUGUCCAAGGAGAUCCCCGUCCAGAAAGAGGAUGCAGAGAGACCAAGCGAAGACUCGGAACAUGUGGCGUCCAACCUGCCCCCUCUCCUGCGUGUGGCCUGGGCACGAGUGAUCCUAGAUGAGGCUCACAACAUUAAGAACCCUAAAGUUCAGACCUCGAUGGCUGUGUGCAAACUGAGAGCCCGUGCUCGCUGGGCAGUCACCGGAACCCCCAUUCAGAACAAUCUGCUGGAUAUGUACUCCCUGCUCAAGUUUCUGAGAUGUUCUCCGUUUGAUGAGUACAAACUGUGGAAAGCUCAGGUCGACAAUGGCUCCAAAAGAGGAGGAGAGAGACUGAACAUCCUGACCCGAACUCUGGUGCUCCGCAGAACCAAAGACCAGUUAGACUCUAGUGGCAAACCGUUGGUGUCCCUGCCUGAAAGGAACUGUGAACUCCACCGGUUGAAGCUGUCAGAGGACGAACAGUCUGUGUAUGAUGUGCUUUUUGCACAGUCCAGAUCCACUCUCCAGUCUUACUUGAAGAGGCAUGAGGAAGGUGACACUAAAAAAGGUGAUGGUGCCAAUCCCUUUGAGAAAGUGGCUCGUGAGUUUGGGGUGUCCCAGCAUGACUCUGUGUCAUCCUCCCAGUCAUCUCAGAGCUCCAGUGCUAUCAACAUCCUCUCUCUGCUGCUCCGACUGAGGCAAUGCUGCUGUCACCUGUCACUCCUCAAAAAGACUCUGGAUCAGUCAGAGUUGCAGGCUGAUGGCAUCAGUUUGUCUCUGGAGGAGCAGCUGUGUGCCUUGUCCCUGUCUGAGGCCCCAGACUCAGGGUCUAAAUCCACUGUGUCUCUCAACGGCAGCCGCUUCCACUCUGAACUCUUUGAAGAGACUCACCAGAGCACUAAGAUUUCCGCCAUCCUCACAGAGUUAAAGGAGAUCAGAAAAAAGAACCAGAAGAGUGUUAUCGUGUCUCAGUGGACAAGCAUGCUGCGCAUUGUUGCUGUUCACCUCAAAAAAAUGGAUCUGAGUUUUGCUGUGAUUGACGGCACAGUCAACCCCAAAAAGCGCAUGGACCUGGUCGAAGAGUUUAACACCAACCCCAAAAGACCUCAGGUUAUGCUGGUGUCUCUGUGUGCUGGCGGUGUGGGUAUUAACCUUAUCGGGGGAAAUCACCUUUUUCUCAUCGAUAUGCACUGGAAUCCAGCCCUAGAAGACCAAGCCUGUGACCGAAUUUACAGAGUGGGCCAGUGCAGGGAUGUGACCAUACACAGGUUUGUCUGUGAGGGAACAGUAGAGGACAAGAUCUCCUCUUUACAGGAGAAGAAGAAGGAACUGGCCCAAAAGGUUCUGUCUGGAACCGGAGCCUCCUUCACCAAACUCUCUCUGGCUGACCUCAGGAUUAUCUUUGGUGUCUAA